GCUUUGGCGUUAGCAAAUGGCUACCUUGUUCCCCCAGGGAGGGGAUCUAAAUGUUAUAUUUAUAUGAGGACUAAAAGGUGUUAGUGUUCUGUUAGUACGACGUCCUUAUUAUCCAUGAAAAGAGCUUUGUUGGCCAGCUGAAGUUAGCUGUUCUUUGUGAGCCAGUGUCCAGGUAAGCUAAGGUUAAAUAAGGUAACAUCAUGGUGAUCAGUGCUCUCACAUCCACCACACUGCGGUGUUAAAGUUUAAUUUGCAGUAUUAAAAGAGGUCCAGAUAGUCACACAUUGAUCAUCAUAAUAUGACAUUAAGAUUUUUAUUUGAUCUUAGUUUGUCUCCAAAAUGUGAUCACAAAUGUAUAAAGUAUAACUGGCCCUGUCUCUUAAUACAUAAUUAAUACAACGACUGACCUAGUUCAAGUAUUCUUUCCUGCAGUCUGAUUUUCUUUGGGAGCAUUUUUAAGUUAAUUGCCUUUUCCCUGUGACCCAAAAAGCUGCAAUUAACCCACUUUUGUGUGAUGUUUUGCAGCCAUCGUUGUAUGCAUGAAUCAAAGUCUAUCAAUCUUACAAGAAAUCUGAACAGACCGUUAAAGUCCCCAUCACUGAUCCACCUCAAGUAUCUACUACUGAAGAUUUCCAUUUUGGCGCCUUUCUCAGUCCCGUACUCUCUUUCUCAAAUGUUACCUUUUCAUCAGAUAUGGCCCGUGGGCACCAGAAGAUCCAGUCCCAGCAGAAGAAUGCCAAAAAACAAGCAGACAUCAAGAAGACCAAAGGCCAUGACCAGAAGGCAGCAGCUAAGGCUGCUUUAGUAUACACGUGCGCUGUGUGUCGGACACAAAUGCCUGACCCGAAGACCUUCAAGCAGCACUUUGAAAGCAAACAUCCAAAGUCCCCAAUGCCGCCAGAGUUGGUGGACGUAGAGGCGUAACAGAAUCACCCCCUCUCUCUGUAAGAACAUUAGAACAGGCUUCUAUGUCUUCAACGUUUCAGAUGUUUUAUAUCCAAGUAUAUCUUUAUUUAGUCCUCAUACUGCCUCAUUUGGUUAUAGAUAAAUAGAUAUUUAACUCAGAGAUAACUGUAGCCCUCCUGCUCUCUUAUGGUCUUGUUUUACAGAUUGUAGUUUUUGGACCACUCAUACUUCCUUGUGAGAGUUUGAUGUGGCGCUGAUUUCAAAGUGAGACACAGCAAACAACUACUCUGUCUUGGUUAGUGCUAGAACUAGAAACAUUUAAUCUAUGAUUGUAUGCAAUAUAUCUGUCAGAUCAUUUCAAGUUGCUUUCUUAUAAAAACACAAUCUCAGGGAUCCAACACAAGACACGCUAAAUUUAGAAGAAAAAAGGAUUGGCACUGGUUCAUCAUGACAAAGAAUUUAUGCAGGGGUCAUAAUAACAGUUUGAUACUUGUGAUAAUUUUCCUUUUCUUUACAAUUAAGAUAAAAAAUAAACCCACAGUUUGGAAAAAAAAACGUUAAUUUUUAAAUGUUGUUUUACACACAUUUAAACAUGGGUUUGGAAAUUAUAGAUUUAAUUUCCCCUCAGAAUUUCAUAACGUAUAUGUAGUUCAAGUCCACUUUGAACUCGUCAGCAGUUGUAAAAGAUGGCAAAUGAUGGCACAUAUUAUAUCUUAUCACACCUGAUCAUGACCCAUUUUUUUAGAGUCCUGUUUUUUGUAGAGCAACGUCGUGACUUCAUGAAACGUAAAACCGUUUACCUUGUUCAAAGAGGUCUAACGAGGUGAAGAUACAAGUUUGCACUGUGUGUUAAAGAUAACACUGUUCCCAUCCUCCCAUUAUGUCAUUGUAAUGACAAGUAUGUAACACUGUUCUGUGCAGUUUCAUGAUAAUGACUCACCUCAUCACUGUACUUUGCCCAGUAACCUGUCUCACUCUGUCAUCUCUGGAAAUUUAAAAACAAUCUCAAGUGGAGUCCCUCGCUGUCUGGCAAUAUUUCAUCCUGUUGAUGAAGUGUUUUAAGUACAUUACACUGUAAGUUAGUUUUAGUUUGUACUUUCAUAUCAGAAUCAUUUAUAUUAGUUUGUUAUGAAAGCAUGCUAACAGAGAGGAAAUUAAUUUAUAGAGGAACUAUUUUCAAUACACUUUGACCUACAGGUCUUUAACCCCUGACACAUUUUAUCACUGUGCUAAAGUCUGGACCAACGACCAGACAUGUUUUUACUUUUGUAUGAUUAUAUCUGUUCACACCAUGUUAUACAAAGCCUUUUAAUAAAGGUGUUACUUUUAUUAAAAAAUGUACUCUU